AAGGUUUAAGUGUGCAGUGUUAACCCUGGACGCCAGCUUUCUAUCAAUAUAAGAUGCUAGGUGUAAUGGGGCCGGAUGGACUCUUGUAGUGAGAGCAGGGUGACGUCAGUAGCCAGAAAGCGUUCCUCUCUGAAGACGAGAGAAACUUGGCGUGAUCAGUGUCAAGAGCCAAGGAAAAAGGUACAACUAAUGAGAAAGAAAGAGCAAGAGAGGAAAGGGGAGAAUUCUGCUGCCACCAUGCAGAGAAGUAUUAUGUCAUUUUUCCAACCCACAAAAGAGGGUAAAGCAAAGAAACCCGAGAAGGAGACGGCCAACAGCACCAGAGAGAAGGAGCCCCCUCCAAAGGUGGCACUGAAGGAGAGGAAUGGAGUGGUGCCUGAGAGUGAUUCUCCAGUGAAGAGGCCAGGAAGGAAGGCGGCCCAGGUCCUAAGCAGCGAAGGGGAGGAGGAAGAUGGAGCUCCUGGCACCCCCAAAGCCCAGAACUGUUUUCCUGUCUCCUUCCAGAAGUCCGUGUCAGACUCCAAACAGAGCUCUCCUCCCAGCCCUGACACAUGUCCUGAGAACAGUCCUUUCUUCUCAGAGAGAAGCAGCCCCUCCAUGGACAUCUCCCCAUCAGGAUUCCCGAAGCGUCGCACUGCUCGGAAGCAGCUCCCGAAACGGACAAUUGAGGACACUGUGGAGGAGCAGAAUGAGGACAAAGACAGAGCAGCCAAGAAAAGGAAGAAGAAAGAAGAAGCACAGACCCCAACAGAAAGCCUCACAGAGGCUGAAGAUGUAAAACGGAAGGAAGAAAAGGAGGGGGGCCAGCCCAUAGUGCCCCCUGAGCCUGCAAAGUCCCCUGAGUCGGUACCCCUGACAAAGACAGAGAACGUUCCAGUGUGUAAGGCUGGCGUGAAACAGGAGCCUCAAGAAGAGCAGAGCAAGCCUCCUUCCAGAGGUGGCAAGACACUCAGCAGCUUCUUCAGCCCCCGGAAGCCAGCAGUGAAAGCUGAAGUGAAACAAGAAGAGUCAGGCACUCCAGGGAAGGAAGAGACCAAGGGAACCCUGGAUCCAACAAAUUACAAUCCUUCCAAGAGUAACUACCAUCCCAUUGAAGAUGCCUGCUGGAAGCAUGGCCAGAAGGUUCCCUUUCUUGCUGUGGCCCGGACAUUUGAGAAGAUAGAGGAGGUUUCUGCUCGGCUCAAGAUGGUGGAGACACUGAGCAACCUGCUGCGCUCCGUCGUGGCCCUGUCACCUCCAGACCUGCUCCCUGUCCUCUACCUCAGCCUCAGCCGCCUUGGGCCACCUCAGCAGGGACUAGAGCUGGGUGUUGGUGAUGGUGUCCUCCUCAAGGCAGUUGCCCAGGCCACAGGUCGUCAGCUGGAGUCCGUCCGGGCUGAGGUAGCUGAGAAGGGUGAUGUGGGGCUGGUGGCCGAGAACAGCCGCAGCACUCAGAGACUCAUGCUGCCCCCACCUCCACUCACCACCUCCGGGGUCUUUACCAAGUUCUGUGACAUUGCCCGGCUCACUGGCAGUGCUUCCAUGGCCAAGAAGAUGGACAUCAUCAAGGGCCUUUUUGUCGCCUGCCGCCACUCGGAAGCGCGGUUCAUUGCCAGGUCCCUCAGUGGACGGCUGCGCCUCGGGCUGGCUGAGCAGUCAGUCUUGGCUGCGCUUGCCCAGGCCGUGAGCCUCACGCCCCCUGGCCAAGACUUUCCCCCAGCUGUUGUGGAUGCUGGGAAGGGCAAGACAGCAGAGGCCAGAAAGAUGUGGUUGGAAGAACAAAGCAUGAUCUUGAAGCAGACCUUCUGUGAGGUGCCUGACCUGGAUCGAAUCAUCCCUGUGCUGCUGGAACAUGGCCUGGAACGUCUCCCAGAGCACUGCAGGCUAAGCCCAGGGGUCCCUCUUAAACCAAUGCUGGCCCAUCCCACUCGGGGUGUCAGUGAGGUACUGAAACGCUUUGAGGAGGUGGACUUCACCUGCGAGUACAAAUAUGAUGGGCAGCGGGCACAGAUCCACGUUCUGGAAAGUGGAGAGGUGAAGAUCUUCAGCAGGAACCAGGAAGACAACACAGGAAAGUACCCUGAUAUUAUCAGCCGCAUCCCCAAGAUUAAACUCCCCGCAGUCACAUCUUUCAUCCUGGACACUGAGGCUGUGGCCUGGGACCGGGAAAAGAAGCAGAUCCAGCCAUUCCAAGUGCUCACCACACGAAAGCGCAAGGAAGUUGAUGCAUCGGAGAUCCAGGUGCAGGUGUGUCUGUAUGCCUUUGAUCUCAUCUACCUCAACGGAGAGUCCCUGACUCGCCAGCCCUUGUCUCGACGCCGGCAGCUGCUCCGGGAAAACUUUGUGGAGACAGAGGGUGAAUUUGUCUUCGCCACCUCCCUGGACACCAAGGACAUUGAGCAGAUUGCUGAGUUCUUGGAGCAGUCGGUGAAGGACUCCUGUGAAGGGCUGAUGGUGAAGACCCUGGAUGUCGAUGCCACCUAUGAGAUCGCCAAGAGGUCACACAACUGGCUCAAGCUGAAGAAGGACUACCUUGACGGCGUGGGCGACACUUUGGACCUUGUAGUGAUUGGUGCCUACCUGGGCCGGGGGAAGCGUGCCGGCCGGUAUGGGGGCUUCCUGUUGGCUGCCUAUGAUGAGGAGAGUGAAGAACUGCAGGCCAUAUGCAAGCUGGGAACUGGAUUCAGCGAUGAAGAGCUGGAGGAGCAUCACCAGAGCCUACAGGCUCUGGUUUUGCCGACCCCACGCCCCUAUGUGAGGAUUGAUGGGGCAGUGGCCCCAGACCACUGGCUGGACCCAAGCGUCGUGUGGGAAGUGAAGUGUGCAGAUCUCUCCCUGUCCCCUGUCUACCCUGCUGCACGGGGCCUGGUGGACAAAGAGAAAGGGAUCUCCCUUCGUUUCCCUCGGUUCGUUCGCAUCCGUGGAGACAAGCAACCAGAGCAGGCCACCACCAGUGACCAGGUGGCCUGUUUGUACCGGAAGCAGAGUCAGAUUCAGAACCAGCAAAGCUCAGACAUGGACUCCGACUUUGAGGACUGCUAUUAAACCUCUGGCCUCCUGGGCCUGGGGCAGAGGUUGAGGGAACCUGGGUACUGUUCACCUGGUGGUGUUGACUGGUGUGUGUAGGGACAUAGGGGUGGGAUACUGGGGCUGGGAUGCUUCAUUUUCUUCAAUAAAUGACUAUUAAAUGCCUACUCUGUGAGGAGGUCCACACUGAGCUGGGUGGCAUUGGUCUGUGAGCUCACAUAGGGUAUAGUAUAUGACCUUGCCAGGUGCUGGACAAGUGUCAUGUUCCCCGCAUUCUGGCAGCCUCCAGCCAUUUGUGCUGUGGAACAUUCAACAUGUAGCCGUUGCCACCUAAGUCCUAAGACUAGAACAGUUUAUUUUACUUUAAAUAGCCACAUGUGGUCAGUGCUAGUCAUUGAAUAGCAGUAGUUGGGAGCCUUCAUGUUUUAACUUCUUUGAACUCCUAGCACUCUGGCAGGUUGACACUGUCGUGCUGUCUUUUGCAAAUGUAGGUGAGGACACUGAGACUUCCAGGGGCCACCAAGUGCCUUGGCCAAGAGCACCAGCACUUAUGGUUCCAACCCAGUGGCCUGACAGGCAGUCAGUCCCACAUCUUCCUAACAAGGUCCCCAUUCCCUUGGGAGACAGUGGUGCAGUACCAGGUGUGUGGUUCCCAUUUGUGUCACCCACCAUCUUAUUACCAGACAUCACCUUAGAAUCCUCAGUGUAGCAUUUCAGUCAUCACUCCACAAGAUCAGGUAGUGACUGUGGCUGCUUUGCUUAUGGCAGUGCCCUGGACAUAAUAUCUUGUGUAUGGCAGGUGAUCAGAAGUACUAGCUGAGUGCCAGCCUCCUUUGGCACAUGACCAGAGACCAGGCAUCACUGUUAGUCUUCCCCCAGUGUCCCUUUCCUUUCCUCCAGUGCUUCAGGAGGGACUGCGGUUCUCACAGAGGUGCAGAUAGCCCUAGCUAGUUUGUGGUCCCAUGAAGGUCACCUGAAGCUGGAGAAGAUACAGACAUGUUGCAAAACUUACGCAGAUGUGAUAGAAAGGCUCUUAAGAUGAGAGGGAGAAUCUUCUAGAAAGCCCUGCUUUUCUGAGAUGGUUCCAGAAAGAACUGGGCCCUGGCAGGUUUUAGGGACCUGUAGCAGCUAGCUUUCUGGCCACCAGCUGGAGGAGACAUGGACCAGGAGGAGGGUAGACAAACAGGCAAAGUCCAGGUCUGCACAGCUAGAGCCAUUCUUGUGGGACACAGUGAAGCCUAUCUUAGUUGGCUAUUGCUGUGAUAAAACACCAUGACCAAAAGCAACUAGAGGAGGAAAGGGUUUAUUUCAGCUCAUAGGUUCACUUCAUCAUCAGCAAGGGAAGUCACGUUUGGAACCUGGAGGCAGGAACUGAUGCAGAGGCCACAGAGACGUGCUGCUUACUGGCUCACUCCCCCUGGCUCGGUUUUCUUACAGCAACUAGAACCACCAGCCCAAGGGUGGCAUUGACCACAGUGAGCAGGAUCUUCUCACAUCAAUCAUCAGUCAAGAAAAUGCCCUACAGAUUUGCCUACAGGCAACCUAGUGGAAGCAUUUUGUCAAGAUUCCAUCUUCCCAGGUGACCAUACCUUGUGUCAAGUUGACACAGAACCCAGCUGUAGCUGAAGUUUUCCUGUGUCCCACCUGGCCUGUGGUCAGGAUAAAUCUCUCUCACCCACCAGUCCUGCAGCUGCUUGGACCCAGGUAAACACACAGAGGCUUAUAUUAAUUAAAACUGUAUGGCCUAAUAGCUCAGGCUAACUAUUGACUAGCUCUUACACUUAAAUUAACCCAUAAUUCUUAUUUAUGUUUAGCCACAUGGCUUGGCACCUUUUCAAGAAGUUCUGCCUUCAUAUCUUGCUUCCUCUGUGUCUGGCUGACGACCCCUGACUUCCCAGAAUUCUCUUCUCUGCUUGUUCCGCCUAUACUUCCUGCCUGGCUACUGGCCAAUCAGCACUUUAUUUAUUAACCAAUUAGAGCAACACAUUUACAGCAUACAGAGCGAUAUCCACAGCACUUCCCCUUUUCUUUUUUUUUUUCAAAAAGGAGGGUUUUAACUUUAACAUAGUAAAAUUACAUUAUAAUAUCUAGUCUAUUUGUAUUUGGCAAAUUAAAGAAGAUAUCCUACCCUAUAUUUGCGAGUCUAAGGUUUCAUAUCUAACUUACCUUUUAUCAUAACUAAGGAAAUCAUAACUAUCUAGUCUUCAACUACAUCAAAGACCUCAGAAGGAUAUAAUAUUACCUAAGUAAACAGGAAGUGCAUUAUAAGCAACUUUCAAAAAUCUAGAAUGACAGAGACAGCUGGCUGCCUGGACAGUCAUCCAAAGUUCCUCUGUAAAGUUGGGGUAUCUGUCUUAAGCCCACAGGCCUAGCUAGAGUCUCUCAGUCACUUCUCUCUGUGUCCUGUAGAAUGUCUGGCAGUUUCUUCUGUGAAGCAGGAGCCUGAAGGACCAUUUUGCCUUGUAAAGUUCAGUGGUCACCUUCGUAUGCAUGUCCAGUCGAUACAUUUUUGUCAAGCAGUCCAGGCAAGAACAGUUUCUUGCCCAAAUGGUUAUUUUUGCAAAGAAGAAGAUAAAUUCCUUAUGGAGUGUCUUCGAUGCCCAUCUUUUUCUUUGAAGUAAAUCGUGCUGCCAGGAGCAGACAUGUCUCACUGUCCAGAAAGUCUAAAUUUUUAAAACAUUUUAAAUGCCAUAUUCUGUAGGUCUUUGAAGUGUUUGAAGAUUGAUUACUUGCCCGAUUGAAUUAUAUCUAUGUAUACCUAGAAAACUUAACAUGACUAUAAGUUUGACCAUCAUAGAAGACGAAUUAUUAAUCUGUAUUUCUUGAUUAUCCAUUAUAAUCUAAAUGAGUUACAAUCUUCUGUCUUAGCCAGAACAUACUAAAUAUUAGAUUCAGGUUCUUCAGGAUAGGACACCUUUUGGAAUGAUCUCUGUAAUGUGCCAUUUACCCAUGCUCCAUCCAGACUUCUCUGGAUUUUGUAUGUGUCUCUUGUUUGAUAUUUGUGUUGGCUGUAGUUCCAUCUUGUCUAGGUCAUUAUCCCUUAUUCCUCCUGGACAAUAUUUGAUAAUCAUUCCUAUUGUAUAUAGUUUUGCAUUAGGUUAGAACUUUCUUAUUUAGACAAAAGGGGGAGAUGUACUUUGACCUGGAAGUACUACCCCCAUUGAGGCUUCGGUAACUGUCACACCUACGAGGCGGGGCUGAGACAGGAGCCCUUAAGACCUGAGACCGGAUGUGCCAGUUCUCUUGGUUCCUGAAUCCUGGACGCUGGAGGGAGACCGAGCAGAGUUCUCCAGAGAACACCGCUGGACUGCACUUCACCUCUCCCGGACCCUGUUACCUAUCCCUUUACUUGUAAGUUACCCCACAAAAUAAACCUCCCUUUUAACUACA